GUGUUUCCCCACGGACCAUUAUUACUGACGCACAACCCGAUAAACGCUGGACAUGUGAUGUAAACACAGAAGACGCAAAUAAACCGAAUUCAUUAUAAUUUUAUUUUGGAAUAAUAAGCAACAUUUGAUACGAAGAGGUGAUAUGGUAAAAUUAGCAGAAGAAGGAGGGAUGAAUGUAAUUGAUUUUGGGGCAAUGAAUGGAGAUAUUAAGUCAAGAUGGUUACAAACAUUUGUAAACAGUCUUUAUGGUUUAGUCUUCUUUUUCAUCUUUUCCAAAGGAUAGGAGGCAUUUCCUUUCUUUUAAGAUGUGAUUUUGACCCAUUAAAACUGCCUUUUAAGUUAUCUGAUUUUCAUAUACAGGUAUUACUAUAUUGGAAAAUGCUGUACAAGCAUAAUUUUACUCCACAUAAGGCUAUAAUUUGGAAUAACAGAUGUAUUUUACAUAAGAGGAAAUCUUUAUUUUAUAAAGACUCGAUGGAAAAAGGAGUUUGGGCUGUUAUGCAUUUAAUGGAUGAUGAUGGUAAUAUAUUAAGUUAUGAUAAUUUUAAGAUAAAAUUUAAUUUGAAUUGUUCAUAUAGACAAUAUUCUUUAGUUGUCAAAGCUAUUCCUGUAGCUUUGAGAAAUCUAAUUAAAGGUAUAUUACAAUACUCUUCUCCAAUACCCACACCUCUGAGUUUGUUUAUUGAUAAGUAUAAUUUCUUGGAUAAAAAAUGUAAUAACAAGGUUUUGAGAUCACUUAUUACAAAAGAAUAUUUUCCUCUUCCUGUUAAAAGGAAAGUUGUAUCUCUGAGGUUUUCAAAAGUAUACACUAUCAAAGUUAGAACCAGAUACUUGUCAUUUCCUUUGUUACCUAAAAUGAAAGAAGUACAUUUCAAAACAAUUAACGACAUUUAUCCAUGUAACGAAUUUCUAUGAGUAAGGUUUAAUUUGGAUUGCAAAGUGUGUACAUUCUGUCAAAAAGAUAUUGAAUCUCAGGAGCAUCUUUUUUUAUAUAAUUGUAUGAUUGUUAAGUCCUUUUGGGACAGAUUGUAUGAGUGGUUGAAAACAAAAAAUGUAAUAUCUACCUUUGACUAUCACAUUGUUAAAUUUGGUGUCUUUUUGGACCUACACAAAUGUAGAUUUGUUAAAGUUUCUCCAUGUUUUGAGGCAUUUAAAAAUGAUUAAAAAAUUUUAUUUGAAUCCUUAAAAAAACUAAAAAUGAGGAGUGCCUUAAAGCUCGCUAAAUUAGUGGCAAUAUAUAUGGAUUAACCCCCCGGAAGGUAAUGUACUCUGUUAUAAUUUGUUGUUCAUGUUUAUUUAUUUAUUUAGGUUUUUUUUUGGUUAUGUUAUUAUUAUGCUGUUUACAAAAUGCUGCUUGGUCUUAUUGUUAAUGUGUUUAACAAUGAUUAUAAGUUAAUGCCUGUUUGUUAUUUGAAACGAUUUAAUAAAAAAAAAAAAAAAAAAACACAGAAGACGCGGCAGAAUGAAAAACGGAGGAACGGCGAGAAAACAGCGAGCCAAACAAAACCGCAGAAAGUUUCCAAAGUUUGGGAUCAUUUCAAACUAAAACCGAAAGAAACUCCGUACAGUGUGUUUACUGUGAGACUGAACUGGCGUACCACAACAGUACAAGUUCGAUGCUUCAACAUCUCAUCCGAAAACACCCAGUCCUCGCAUCAAAUCCAAGCGGAAUCCACACAAGUGAUCUUUGCCUCUGCUUUUUCGGAUGUGUGGAAGGCAGAAGUUGUCUCUCCAGUGGAGGCGCUGGUCUCCUCUUGUGUCGUGUUGCCCUGUAAGUUUAAUUACCCUGGCCUUCAACGUCCUGACUCUCGGCUGAAGGGUAUCUGGCACAAAGAUCCAAACAAAAAUGAGCGCGACUAUGAUGAAGAUCCUUUCUUUAUUGAGGAUAACUUCAAGGGGCGCACAAAGCUAAUUGGCCGACUGAGUGAGAAAAACUGCUUGUUGGAGAUAGACGAAGUGAGAGACCACGACGACGGCCCAUUCUGUUUCAGAGCUGAAAUCACAAAUAUAGAGAAAUUCUCUUUUGUGGAGAAGUGUGUGACCAUCAAUAUGAAGCCCGAACCUGACAAACCAAAUCUGGAUCAUGAAGAAUCCUUCACAGAGGGAACAGCUGCUGUCUUUAAGUGUUACGUCAGACACACCUGUCCCACACACCACCCAACUAUUGAAUGGAAUCGUCAAGAUGUUAAACCUCGUUUGUCCUAUAAGGACAAUGGCUUUGGAGUUUGGGAGGUGGAGUCCCUCCUGAUCGUCCCUGCCACAGAGAAGGACAAUCACACUGACAUCACCUGCACUGUCACAUUCCACGGCAACAAGAAAUCUGCAGUCACUCACAAGAUAGAGAUAGAUAUAUUGGCUAAGCAAAUAAUUAAGCAGGGUAUGGAGUCAUCUCUCCAGAGUGUCACACAGGUUGAAGGAAGUAUGAUUGAUGAUUGGAGGAAGCAUCAUUUUGACUAUUAAGAAGCACCAUUUUGUCCAGCUGAGCAAUGAAAAGAGACAUGAUGCUGCUGAAGAAUGUGACACUGACCUCUGGGGGACACCUAAAGUAACACAGUUUAAAGUUGCUUUCACUUUUUUUCUAUCCAGAGAGAAAUAAAAUUAAGAGUUCCACAAGAAAUCCCUAUAAUUUGCAAAUAUUGCAAAGAAGGUGCUGGGUGGGCCACAGCACUGUGUGUGUUUUCCUUUCAGGAGACGCUAUGCGCCAACACAAACACAACACACUCGACUUGAACUUGAACUUGACCCUCUAUGGAGCUAUGUCCUUUAUAAAUGACACAAAGAAGAAUUUAAAAACAUUCCACAAACUGCUUUUCACUAUUAUAAUGUC